CACCUGUUCACAUUGCCACCUUUGGAUGAUGUUUGCCGGUGACGCGAACGUGGCAGGUCUCCAUCACAGAACUACACAGCUUUAAUUUUUCACACCACAACAAGUUGGGUUCGUGUCUGCGGUGGAGUCUUGACUCUGAGAAGAUGAUAGAUUUGAAGAAGGAGUGGAGCAUCUCGUUUGCAGGAUGCGGUUUCAUGGGGAUUUAUUAUGUCGGUGCCACCAGUUGCAUCCUUGAGCGGUUCCCUCGCUUCAUACAGGACGCCUCUAAAAUCUACGGAGCCUCUGCAGGUUCUCUGAUGGCCACUGUUCUUAGUGUUGGAAUCCCCAUCGAGAAAUGCUGUGCUGAUUUGAUGUCCAUGGCCAAAGAGGCCAGGAAGCACAAACUGGGGCCGCUGCAUCCAGCCUUUAACCUGCUGCAGAUUGUGAGGGACUCGAUGCAGGCGAGCCUUCCAGAAGACGCUCACGUUCGAGCCUCUGGGAAGCUGUGUGUGUCCCUGACCAGAGUGUCCGACAGGAAGAACGUGCUAGUGUCGCAGUUUGACAGCAGAGAUGAGCUCAUUGAGGCCCUUAUAUGCAGCUGUUUUGUGCCUUUCUACUGUGGUGUGAUUCCACCCACUUACCGCGGAGUGCGGUAUGUGGACGGUGCCGUCAGUGACAACCUGCCUCGAUGCCACCUGAAACACACGAUCACGGUCUCUGCAUACGCCGGCGAAAGCGAUCUCUGCCCUCGAACGAGCUCACUCAACUUCCACGAGGUGCGCUUCAACAAUGUGAGCAUCCAGGUCAACUCAGAGAACAUGUACAGAGUGACCAGCACCUUCUUCCCCCCAGAGCCGCAGGCAAUGGCUGAAAUCUGCCACAACGGCUACGUAGAUGCGCUCCGCUUCCUGCAAGAGAACAAUCUCAUCAGCAGUGAGUGCCCCAUGAGAAGUCUGGCGAUAGACGGACCCAAACAGGCCUGUUGUGAGCUGGCGAGGGAGUCGGGUGAAGAUCAAGAGUCCGAUGAGAGCACACAGAAGAAUGAACUGACGCCACCUGAGGAUGAGCACUGGUGGCUGGAUCCACAGCUCAUAGAGAAGCUCCCAGUGAACGUUAAAAAAGUGUUGUGUGAGGCCUGUAGAGAGACUCCGAGUGCUGGAGGUCUGUUGUCUCACAUGACGGGGUACCUGCCAAAGAUUCCCCAACUUCGGCCUGUGGAGUCGGCUCGCUCUCUAGCCCAGAGACUUGUGAACUGGGUCCCGGACGUACCAACGAACAUGAGUUGGCUGUAUGGCCUGGCUGGAGGCAUAUAUAACCAAGCUGGGAAGAGUGACGACGAAGAAUAUGACCGUGAGACUCCACUGCGCAGAAGUACAAGUCUACCAUCAGUCCUGGACCUGUGGAAUCAUAAUGAAGGGGACUUAAACGCUCUCCCAUUGACCCCAGAGGCUACACCCACCUCCAGUCUUGCCUUCACCUGGGACACACAUGGUGCGAUUGACUACAAGUCCCUGACUCCACCCUCUACACCCACCUUAAGCCCCACCGCUGGGUUCAGUGAGGCUGUUGCAGAGUCACCAAAAGGUGCAGGUAGCAGCUGGGGUUUGGGCAGAGCUGUGGGGUGGAUCAGAAAUAUUGCAUCCGAGCGAACUUCAAACUACAUCAGAACAGCAGAUUCAAAGUCUUCUGCAGCGUCCAGCUCCAAAUAGAUUUAAUAUUUGCACUGAAAGAGAAGAAGAAAAAGUCAAGUGUUGAAUAAAGGAAUACAAAAAUG